GGUACAGGGCACGGCAAGCAGAUACUGGUGCUGGGCCUGGAUGGGGCUGGGAAGACCAGCGUUCUACACUCUCUGGCAGCUAACCAUGUCAAGCGUAGCGUGGCUCCCACCGAGGGCUUCAACGCCAUCUGCGUCAGCACCCAAGAGUCACAGAUGGAGUUCCUGGAGAUCGGGGGCAGUGAAUCUCUGCGUUCAUACUGGAAGAUGUACUUGCCGAAAGUGCUGUUGCUAAUCUAUGUCGUGGACUCGGCUGAUCAUGCCCGACUGCCUGUGGCAAAACAGCUGCUUCAUCAGCUGAUCCAGCACAACUCCACCCUGCCGGUGGUGGUUCUGGCCAACAAGCAGGACCUUGAAGGUGCAUAUUCCAUCACUGAUAUCCACGAUGCUCUGGCACUGUCUGAUAUCGGGGACAACAGGAAGAUGUUCUUGAUUGGUACCCAUGUGGCAGAAGAUGGCUCUGAAAUAUCCUCCAACAUGAAGGAUGCCAAGGAGCUGAUAGCACAGCUGGUUUUAGAAGCACAGUGA